AUGUGCGUACACGGCGGCGGAUUUUUACAACGAGCAGCGCGACAUGCCUGCCUCACGACCCUGGGCGUUGCCGCCAUAUAUGGCUCCGUCGUGGCGGCCGGACCCUGUGAUAUAUACGGAUCCCACGGCACGCCUUGCAUCGCGGCGCACAGCACCACGCGCGCUUUAUAUGCCAAGUACUCGGGGAGACUCUACCAAGUGAGGCGCGACUCCGACCAGGCGACGACCGACAUCACGACCACGUCAGCCGGCGGCGUAGCCAACUCCGGCCACCAAGACUCGUUCUGCGCCCGCACAACCUGCGUCAUCACCGUCAUCUACGACCAGUCCGGCCGCGACAACCACCUCACCCAAGCUCCGCCCGGCGGCGCCGCGAGCGGCCCGGAACCAGGGGGCCACGAUUCCCUCUCCAGCGCCAUUGGCGCCCCGGUGACGCUCGGCGGCGAAAAGGCAUACGGCGUCUUCAUCUCGCCCAACGACGGCUACCGCAACAACGCGGCCGUGGGCACGGCGUCCGAGGACGAGGCGCAGGGCAUAUACGCCGUGCUCGACGGCACGCACUACAACUCGGGCUGCUGCUUCGACUACGGCAACGCCGAGAGGGACAACCGGGACACGGGCGACGGCAAGAUGGAGACCAUCUACUUUGGCGACGGCGGCUACAAAGGCUCCGGCAACGGGCCCUGGGUCCAGGCCGACCUCGAGAACGGCAUCUUCUCCGGCAGCACGGCCGGCAAGAACGACGGAAACCCAACCGUAUCGUCGCGCUUCGUCACGGCCGCGGUCAAGGGCAAGCCGGGGCACUACGCGAUCCGCGGCGGCGACGGCGCGUCCGGCACGCUGUCGACGUUCUACAGCGGCGGCCGGCCCAAGGGCUACGAGAAGAUGCACAAGGAGGGCGCCAUCCUCCUCGGCAUCGGGGGCGACAACAGCAACCGCGCCCAGGGCACCUUCUACGAGGGGGCCAUGACCUCGGGCUACCCGUCUGACGAGGCCGAGGCCGAGGUGCAGGCCGACAUUGUCCGGGCCAAGUACGCCGUCACCUCGCUGACCAGCGGGCCGCGCUUCACCGUCGGCUCUCACGUCUCGCUGCGAGCUACCACGCCCUGCUGUACGAGUCGCUACGUUGCUCAUAGCGGCGGCGCCGUCAGGACCGAGGAGGUGUCGUCGUCUAGCGGCGACCAGCUGAAGCGGGAGGCGAGCUGGGUUGUGCGCGCUGGGCUGGGCCCCGGCGACUGCCUGUCGUUUGAGUCGGUCGACGCGCCGGGCAGCUUUGUGCGCGUGUCGCCCGAGUUUCGCCUCGUCGUGGGGGCGAAUGAUGACUCGAAGGAGUUUCGGGAGCACGCUACGUUUUGCCCGCAGGAGGGGAUUGCUGGCAAGGGCAGCUCGUUGCGGUCUUGGAAGUAUCCUACCCGCUACUGGAGGCACUUCAACAACGACAUGUUUGCUGCGCGGAAUGGGGGGCCUGUGUACUUUGACGCGCAGUGGGUGUAUCAUGAGGAUGUGACGUAUGAGGUUGGCGAUGGCUUUGCUUAG